GCACGAUAUAAAAUACCGACUGAACUUCUAAUGUAUAGAAGGCCAUUGCGUUUGGGCAAGGAUUUCAGCAAAAAGUGGAGCAAGGCCUCGAUGUAGUGUCUCAUAGCAACGGUAUGGUAAAUAGGCGAACAAAAGAACUUCAAGGUUCAAAGAAUUAAUUGUUUUAUAUCCUUUCAUUUCAGUUGAUUACGCUGAGACACUUUUUAUCUUGUGCAUUCAACUUGAUUGCAUCAGAACAUCGACGCUUUACAAAGAGAGCACAUCCAAGUUGCUUCGUAAGAUCAGACUGUCCAAUCAAAGGUAAUAUUUGCUCUGUUUAUAUGCUUCAGCGUUUGUUUAGAACAUGACGAGCUCGAGAAGUUUUAGUUCUGCUCCAUUUAGCUUACUUGAUUUCAUUUCAUUUCUACAGAGAAGUUGCAAUUGGACAAAAAGACAAGAAGAAAUGAAGUCAGCCAUACUUUCAGUUGCUUUGCUGCUCUUCUUGAAUUUGGGUAUUAGAGUGUUGAUAAUUUCUUUUUUAACUUGUAUAUUUCAUUGCACAUAUUUUUUCGUUAUACUUGGGUGCCAUUAGGUGUAAUUGAUAACUUGGUCUACACUGUAUUUGGACUAAGACUAUUGGGAUAUGAUGAGGACGCAUUUCUAUAGCGCAUUCUCCAUAUUUGUAUGCUCUAAUACGCUUCACAACACUAUGCGGAGGAAUUACGCCAGACUACAUUGAGCAGUUUACAAUGCUUGAAAAGAAAUUUUGCCGAUGCCCAUAAUGUUUGUAAUUUUGUUUUUGAAAACAAGGUCACACCAAAACACUUACGUUCCCUACUCUUAGUAGAAAUUGCAUAGGUCAUUUAACGUGCCCUGCUAACUAGUAAAGACAAGACGUUAGAGACGGAGCUUUCGGAUGUAUACAAAUUUUAAAAAAAUUCACCGAGUAGCACCAAUAUGCAAGGUUAGCUUAUUGUAUCGGUUUCUUGAUCUAAUGCGGUGCUAAAUGUUAAAAUUCGCUUGGAAUUCCGGAUUGAAAAACGGGCUGCUUAACGAGCUUAUGAUGUGAUGUUUUUUACAAAUUCAGCCCGAUUUUGUCCGUGGGGAAAUGAAAAGCCCCCACACUAAUAUUUGUAUCCUGGAAAACAAAAUUAUUUCACCUUAUCAAGGGUUUAACCUGCACUAAUUCUGAGUACCACCACAUAGGGAAAUUGUUAAUUUAACAUUUUCUGCGAAAAGCUAUACUUAAAUUUUGAAAUGUUGGCGAUUUUCAAAAACGUACUGUGAGCUCAAAUUGAAAUGAAAUGGUCCAGUUUUUGAUAAUUUGUAUCCCUCUAAUACAAAUUCAUUAAAUUGUUUUGAGCUUGCUUCUUUUUCGCGCUUUUCAUAGGUAUCCAUUUGCCUCUACUCGGGGCAUUGAUUUCCGCCACAGCUCGUUUCAGUUUUCGUGAAUUUUCUUGAAAUCAGAAACAACUCUGGGAAAGAAACUUGAUCAUUUUUCGGUCGAUGUACCACCUCUCUCGCGGUAUUGAGAAAAGUCGAUCUUCACAAGUGAGGAAAAGAGAAAGCUUUCCUUAAAGGACCUCAAAGGACCUCGGGCUUAUAAACAGUUCUUUCAAUAAAAAUCUUCGACUCAUUUAUUUCCGCUGGCUCAUACAAGUCAUAAAAAGCUACUGUCAUUAUUUGAUUAAUUCCCACUAAUUUCGCAAGUAUUGUACACCAUUUUGGAUAAAACCUUGAAAAAAGUACACCGAUCUCCACGCGCCCGAGCACUGGUAGGUCAAGACAAAUUGCAAUCACAGAACGCAUAGUGUUUAGUUUGUUUCAGCUUGUAAAUGUAUUUCUUUCAUGUCAGACACUGAGGAAAGUCUUUACCAACAGGAUUUUCCCCCUGAUUAUCUUUACAUUCAGUUUUGAAUCAUAAACGAUUUGUAGUUGUAAGGCUAGUUGUCAGCAGUAGAGAGUUAAACUAAGGAUAAAAGUAACCAGGUCCCCAAAUGCAUCAAUAAUUAUUUAAAUAUCUUGGUUGAUAAUGUAAAUUGGCCAUGGCUAUCCGACCGUAGCCAGUUUGGACAACUAAGAUUUCCAGCGUCACCCAUUCGUCGGAGCGAAGGGCUAACGCUCGAAACCCCAGUCGUAGAAACUCUCUACGGUUGAGUGACCAAUUUCCGUUAUCGAUCCAGUUGAUAAACCAAGUUAUCUAACGUAGUUUUUUACUCCUAGGAGGGUCUCAAUGGGUUAACUGUCAGACGGUUGGUCGUAAAUAAAGUUAACUAUAAACAAUAAAAAGAACUGGUGAAAACAAUCAAAAGAUAUAGAGAGAGAUGUUUUUCGUCUUAUCACGAGCGUGGGACAAAGAAAAAUUCUGAGUCCCCAUGAGGAAUCGACCCUUAGACCUCCGAUGAGGUCUAUUACGAAGGUCAUAUGACACUCGUCCAGCAUACUGCUAGGAUCAGCAAUGUCGAUAGCGUCAUGUUUGUAAAUAGAAUAAGACAGAUAGUAAGUUUUGGGCUUGGUAAAGAAAUAGUUAUAAAGCCAUCACCCCAAUAGAUAUUGCAAAUAUCUGAUCUUUCGUCGAUCGAUCUUAAAUGAAUAAGUUUUUUUAGAGACCGAACGUUACGUGGGCUGUUAUUUUAUCGUGUUUCGUUCUUGCGUAUAAUCUACAGUACAUGAAGAGAGAUUGAUUCAGUUUUUGUUUGGUUAUUCAUUUUAUGAUGUUGUUGCUGUUUGUUUGUUUGUUUGUUUGUUUGUUUUAACCAAAUUAGCUUUUGUCUUUGUUUCUUAAAGAUUUGAUGGCCUCUCAAGGUGUGAGCAAUUGUCGCCUUCCAAAACUGACAGGAUUCUGCAGAGGACGUUUCCCACGAUUUUAUUACAAUGCGGCAAAAGGUCGCUGCGAAGGAUUCAUCUAUGGUGGUUGCGGUGGAAAUGGAAAUAAUUUCAAAACAUUGAAAGAAUGCCAACAAACGUGUAAGUGUCCUGAGUUUAAAACAACUUGAAAUUAGUUUUUGAAUUUGUGAUUUCUUUGGAAAUACAACUAAAACUUAUUUCAAAGUCUCUGAAACUUAUUGACAAAUAUCAAAAUCCUACAUGGAAGUCGUAUCGCUGAGCGGUUUAUUUAGAUUGACUGUUGAAUUUGGAGAUUUUGGGCUCAAAUUAAUCGUAGAAAAAAGGGGGAAAUGUAAAAGAAACUGACCAUGCAACUUGUCCUUGUGUUGUCAAUUGAAUAUAAUUGUAUAACCAUAUAAUUCUUGACGAGUUAUUUUCUCUCCACAUCGUGAUUCGAUUCGUAGAUGUGAUCAGGUUCCUGUGCGCUACCAUUAUCAGAUAUAUAUUAUAAGUGCCCUAGCUCGUGUGAAAACUUGGAAUAAGUUUGCUAAGUUUUAGGGUCUUAUGCCUCCAUAAAGAGCUAUACUCAAUCUCAAGCUUGGAAAAGCAAUAUAUCGGCCUGAGUCUAUUUUUGUUCUUUAAUAUAGCUCAGUUAACUGAGCAUCUGAAUUUAAAAAAUUAACUGGGGCUCGAAUCCUGACAAUAGGAAUCGGAAUGGGAUGGGACGGGAGGCUGGUGAAACAUUGAUCAACAUCUGUCUUCAUUUCUGGCUCUGUGCAGAGAAUAGAGAGAAAACUCUCUGCUGUUUUUUUUCCAAGGCAUAUGUCCCCUUCCACCUCAGACAGGACACUGCAGAGGAUACUUUCCGAGAUACCACUUUGAUGAGGCCAGCGGUCAGUGUGAGAAGUUCAUCUACGGUGGUUGCGGAGGAAAUGAAAAUAAUUUUAAAACUUUGAAAGAAUGCCGACAAACUUGUAAGUUUCUUGGAUUCAAAAAAAUAUAGGUCUAGAUGUAUUUGUAUAUCUAAGCCAUCUUGACGGCAAAAUUGCUUUGUGAGUGAUGCAAGAUAGAUACACUUAUCAGUUAAACAAGCUGGCGAGUUAUAUCAGUUGUUACAACUUGAAUCGAAAUGUGUGAAGGCCCUUGUGUGCUGACAGGAUGAAGGUAUUAAACUAGAGAGAGGAAAUUUGGAAAAAAAGGUUAUAAAUACUGAGCUUUCCUAUUGCUAUCGGGUAACGUGGGAAAAUCACCAGUGACACGGAGUGCUCUAAUAACCCCUUGUAUAAUCAUACAAUUCUUAACGAGUUAUUUUCCCUUCACAUCAUGAUUCCAUUCGUAGAUGUUAUCUGGUCCCUGUACGCUACCAUUAUCAGAUAUAUUAUAAGUGCCCUAGCUUGUGUGAAAACUUGGAAUAUUUUAGAGUCUGACGCCUUUAUAAAGAGCUAUAUUCAAUCCCAAGCUGGGAAGAGCAAUAUAUCGGCCUGAGUCUGUCUGUGUCCUCAAAAUUAUAGCUCCGUUGACUAAGCAUCUGACUAGAAAAAAGUAACUGGGGCUCGAAUCCUGACAAUGGGACUCGGAACGGGAUGGGACGGGAGGCUGGUGAAGCAUUGAUCAACAUCUGUCUUCAUUUCUGGCUCUGUGCAGAGAAUAGAGAGAAAACUCUCUGCUGUUUUUUUUUUCCAAGGUAUAUGUUCCCUUCCACCUCAGACAGGACACUGCAGAGGAUACUUUCCGAGAUACCACUUUGAUGAGGCCAGCAGUCAGUGUGAGAAGUUCAUCUACGGUGGUUGCGGAGGAAAUGAAAAUAAUUUUAAAACUUUGAAAGAAUGCCAACAAACUUGU